AUGUUUAUUCAAAAGGCACUCCUUGCCCUUGUUGGGGCGGCUGCAGCAGUCCAUGCCUUCACAGGCCGAGCAAACCAAGGUAGGACGCACUCUGAUAUCGCAUGCGACAUGAUCACCCGGUGGACUAACCAAAAUGUAGAGCUCCCUCGCCGCGGCGCAAAGGAAGGCGGCAUUGAGCGAUUCGAAAUUGUCAAGGCCUCCAUGUCCCCCGGCGACAUGCUCGCCCGCUCCGGCGCACCCUUUUACAGCGGCAACGACAAGAGCCAGAAAAUCACCCCCGAGACGAUUGCCUUUUUCAAAAGGCCGGCAUCCAGCACCGACGCCAACGCCGCGCACAUGAAGGAGUCCCUGUCGGCUGCGGGCAUCGCCUACACGCCGCGCCCCGUCGAGGACUUCGAGGUGCCCACGCCCGAGGACUUCCAAAAGGGCUGGGAGGCCUUCGUCGCCCACCGCAACGGCACCUUGGUAUGGUGCGGCUUCGGCUGGGGCCGCACCGGCACCAUGGUGUCGGCCCUGCAGAUCCAGGCGCAGCACGAGCGCGGCGAGGCCCUGGCCUUUACCAACAGCGACUACAGCAAGAACCACGUCGAGACGGCCGAGCAGAUGGCCGCGCUGAAUGAGCUGCAGGAGCGUCUGAAGAAGUCCGCUGCCCCGUCCACGGUUGCUCCUGCGCCGGCCGCGGUAACCGGCCAGCCGAGCCCCAAGGAGAUGGAGGACGCACUUUGCGCGCCCGCGGACAAGCCCAACAAGUACGGCUUGACGGAGGCCGACUGCCGUAUCCAGGUUGCGCAGUGCGGGUUUGAGGUGUCCAAGCUGGGCCCCCUUAGCAACUUUGACCCCAUUGUCGCUUGCAUGGAUAAGAAGUUCCUCAAGGCUGCUUCUGCCAGAGCCAUCUUUCUUUAG